CCAAAAAAUAUAGCGCUUUUAAGAAGACAGCCAGGGCUAGACCGAUAAGGAAAGGACCAAAAUUAAGCUCUGUGUGAGAUAUAAUUACAAUUGCCACUUUGUUCUUUUAUACUCCUCAAGUUUUUGAAGUUUAGGAAGGAAUCUAUUAUUACUUGAUACAUGGUAUCUAGAAGAUAGUGUUGUACACGGCUAGAAAGAAAAGAAAAUAGUAUACCACACGAAAGAGAUAGAAUAAGUUAAUCAAUCAUGGUAUUGACUCGUCCUGCCACUCAUGCCGGUUCAUGGUAUUCUAGUAAUCCUACCAAAUUAUCACUUCAAUUAGAUGGUUUCUUCCAAAGAGCUAAAAAAGUAGAACAAUCCUUAUCUGAUGAAAAAGUUAAAGAUCCUAUAAAAGGUGCAAGAGUCCUUUUAGGACCUCAUGCUGGGUUUGCUUAUUCUGGGGAAAGAUUAGCAGAAACAUUUAAUGUAUGGGAUACUUCAAAAGUUAAACGUGUUUUUAUGUUGGGUCCAUCUCAUCAUGUUUAUUUUAAGAACUCAGUUCUUGUAUCUCAAUUUGAUGAAUAUGAAACUCCAUUUGGUAACAUCCCAGUCGAUAGAGAAACGAUAGAUCAUCUCUUAACUUUAAAAUCUUCAGUUAAAUCAAGAGGUGCAGUCUUUAAACCAAUGGGGGUAGAUGUCGAUGAAGAAGAACAUUCUUUUGAAAUGCAUGCUCCCUUUAUUUAUCACGCUACUAAGAAUUUAAUCCAAGGUAUUCCAAGUCUAAUUCCAAUUCUUAUAAGUGGAAUGGAUGAGAAAUUAGGUGAAGAUUUGGCUCACGCAUUACUUCCAUAUCUUAUGAAUGAAGAGAAUCAUUUCAUUAUAAGUUCUGACUUUUGUCAUUGGGGUCAAAGGUUUGGUUAUGCUAAAUAUAUAGCUGAUAAAGAUAGCACAACCAUUACUGAUUUAGGGGAUCAAUUAAUUAACUUGGGAAGUUUCCAAAGGCUUAAAUCUUCCGAUCUUUCCAUCCAUGAAUCUAUAGAAUAUCUAGAUAAGUUUGCUAUGGAAGUUGCUAGCCAAGGUAAAUCUCAAGAGUGGAAAAACUAUAUUACUGUUACUGGGAAUACCAUUUGUGGACAAAAGCCAAUUGGAGUGGUACUAAGAUUAUUAGAGUUAUACAGGGAGCAGCAACAAUCCACCAAUGAUUCUGUCAAGUUUAAAUGGAUUGGCUAUUCUCAAAGCAAUCCUGUUUAUAAACCUCAUGAGAGUAGUGUCUCCUAUGCAUCUGGUUACGUUGUGUUAUAAACCCAUAAUGAAAUAAACCCAUAAUGAAUGUUUUUUUAUGAUAACGAUUAAAUGAAUUACUGAAUGAAAUAUCUUUUAUUUAUGACUACGAUUUCAAUAUAGACUCAAGUAUAUAUGUAGCAGAAUAUUAAAGCUUAUCUUACAAUACAUUUUGUUUUUACUG